AUGCAUUCAUAUAAGCCUUGCGGGCAACCGCUCGGUGUUGGCACCACACCACACAGACAACGCGAGGAUAUCGAUACCACCAACGUAUCGAACAACACCGGCAAUACCCACAUAAGUAUUCUUGCACCUUUCACAUUUGGGUCACCUCUCCCCUCGCCACAAACUCAAAGUUGCCUUCCGCCCUUCGUACCAGCAGCUUCGAGUGCUGCUGCCGCCUACAACACCUACGGCAUAAUGGCACCUACACCAUCAAAACAGAAGCCGUCAGGAGCGAUUUUAAACCCCACACCGCCAUCCCAUCACAUGAAACCAACAUCCUUGACAAACUGGUCUGAUACUGUCAAUAUGGGCAACACAGACACUCCAUACCCAUCCCUCUCCUCGUCGUUCUCACCUCCGUCAACAGAAGAAACCGGAACUUUGUCUGUGCCUUUCUACUCCACGAAUUUACCGAAUGCAUGUGAAUAUGACCCCGCGAUCGAUUUCGAGAUAGAUGAAGCCUUUAUUGAGGACUACAUCUACGAAACUGCACGCCAAGCGGAAGAGGAUGCCGAAUUCGCCAAACAGCUUCAGCAACAGUUCGACCAUGAGGCCGCGCAAGCGCCUGAGCUUACCAGUGAAUACCUGGGCCUUCCGGCUAACAGCAAUGACCUUUUCCCAACAGCUUCCAAUCAGAUCCACUCGCCAUCCGCUAGCUUUCACGAUUCAACGAACCGCUCGAAUGGAAUGGACCUCGAUCACUCAACCACCUCGGCCACCUACGUUUCUAACGAGGACGAAGGGGACGUGGCUAACAUCCCAGCUGAUGAAAAGAUGAACCUAGAGCAACUGAGGCAAUACACGACGUCCCUAUCCAUUCCAUGCGCCGGCUGUGGUAAGAAACACUCGCUGCGUCCAGAUGAGAUACCGAAGAUGACUCGCAAGUGGGUAGCCGCUCCUACAAAUCGGAUAUUAUGUGGUCUCCCGUGUCCUGGUAGUAGCUACUGCACGACGGUGACCUGCCCGGGUUGUAGGUCGGCGAUUCGAACAGCCAAUCCAUGGGAAAUCGUAAGCACGAUAGGAGGUAUGAGCUUUUCUCUGAAUAUUUGCUGCGAAGCUGGAAGAGAGUUCGCUGUCUGGGCUCUGGCGUGUGGAUGGGAUCAACCCGCACAAAUAUCGUUACGCGAAACCGUGACAAACAAGCUCAGACCACGCCGCCCCUUGGUCCCAGAUCCCCGCGCUGUUCAAGAUGCACUUAAAGACGCGGCCAAUCGGCCCCGUACCCACAGAGCUUCAGCCACUGCUAAAGGUACCGGCUACGGAAGUGGCCACUAUAUUCCGUUCGCUAGACACAAAAUCUCAAAACCUACCAAUCGAAAGCCGGCAGAUUCUAGGGAAGAGGUAACCCAAGAGGCGUAUUUUCGAUUAAUGACAGCAUUAUUGCCAACACUUGAAUCUCCGGAGCCGGGCAUGAUGGACUCAACGCCACCCAUUCAUCUCCAUACCAUGCUGGCCCGCAGUCCAUUAAUGGCCAAAGCUGCGACAUUGUUGAGCAAUGACUCCAUUGAGGAAAUAUCGAAGCAAAGAAGCGUGUACGAUGCUGUUUUAAAUUUCGUCAAUGUUCUUGGUAACCACUACGCAACUUCGGGUCUUGUGUAUGAGGAACGGCAUUUGUUUACAAAAUGGGGCACCACGAUCUCUGUCUCUUUCGAUAUUGCUGGGCGAGCAGGAAAGAAAACCACGGCCAAGGAUACUGGCAAGCCUAUGACCGAAAUACUUUCACGUCUCGCAAAACAAGGCCGCACGAUGCUUCAGCAUGCUCGGCAGAACCCACAAGAAUUUGAGAGCCAAUCGGAGAAGGAAGAACUAUCAUGGGUCGAGAAGGCAGUCCAGAUAUCUGCGCUUCAUGAUAUUAACUCUCGACAGCUUCAGCAUGGCACUGAUGUUAUGGACAUCGACGAAGGGAAAGGAAAGAAUCCAAUGAUUACUGAUUGGUUCAAGUUUCACCAGGAUCAUGCUGUGCAGGAACUUGAUGAUGAGCAUAUUUUGCGUAAUCAUUACUUCGCCAACCAGGCCAUGGCCGUACAAGGCAAACCGCCGCCCAAGGGUAGAAUGAAACGCCUUAUUCGUGAGAUAUCUACGCUUAAGACCUCGCUACCCGAGGGCAUCUUCAUCCAUCAUGGGAGCUCGCGUCUGGACGUCAUGAAGGUUCUCAUCAUUGGCCCGGAAGGCACACCUUACGAGUAUGGUUUAUUUGAGUUCGACUUGUUUUGUCCGCUUCAGUACCCCAUAGUGGCACCGAUGAUGCAUUUCAAGACCACAGGUGGUGGAAAGAUUCGCUUCAAUCCCAACUUGUAUGAGGAUGUCUGUCUCUCUCUGCUGGGCACCUGGCAAGGAGAGCCCUGGCAACCGGACAAAUCUACGAUUUUGCAACUGGUUGUGUCUAUCCAAUCAAUGAUCUUUUGCGAAAACCCUUACUACAACGAACCAGGAUUCGAAAUGCGUGCGAAUGAAGACAGUAAUACUAAGUACAGCAAUGACAGACGGGUCUUCACUAUCCAGUAUGCCAUUCACCCCUGGGUAAGAGCCGUCUCUGCAACGUUGCCAAAUGAAGGACAGGCCAACGUACCGACCGAAGCUUGGACGGAACACGCUCGGACACAUUUACAGUUGUCUGCCCAUAAAAUUGUUAAGAGUGCCACUGCGGCUUCCGAAAAGCACAAAAAUCAUGUUCAGCUCGAAGUUCAGACACGAACCAUAGGCUCCGCUUUGCAGAAGCAGGGGUAUCUGAUCUAG